CCAGACCAUUUUGAACUGAACUCUGCCCUAUUUGUUAUUGGGUAUGUGGGGCAAGAUGUCAUCUUGCCAUGCCAGAGCUCUUCUGGGGCUCUGCCACAAAACGUGGAAGUUCAGUGGAAAAAAACUGUAGAUGACAACACUGAGAACAUCUACCAGUUCACAGCUUUCACUGGCCAGGAAACAUUUGGGCAAGGCUAUGACUCCAGGGCAGUGUUUGCCACAGAGGGACUGGACACUGGAAAUGUUUCCUUGAUGCUGAAAAUGGCCAAAAAGUCUGAUGAAGGAAGCUACAGCUGCAUUGUCAAGACCAAAGACUGGGGUGCUCAGACACAAACUGUUCUGGUUGUUGAAUCUUCAAAAGGCAACAGUACCUCAGAGAAUUCUUGUUCCUCCACUGCCUUUUGGGUGACAUUGGUCUUUCUCCUUCUCGCUCUUCUCGCUCUUGCAGUCACUGUUUGGACAUUCAAACACAAAGGUACCAUAUAAAUCACUCUCUCUAAUAGCGAAUUCAUGUGAG